CCUGGAUCCGCGCCUCUGCUCAAGAUGUAUUAUUUUCUAUUAUGUUUAGGUCGCGACAAUUAUCUGGAGUUGUCUCCUCCUUAUCAAUGUCUGGGAAAUAGAUGGCGCAAAGAACAAUUCUACCAAGCAUCCUCCUAAAACGGCGUUUUAUGGACAGUCACUUAACAGUGGCUUCGCCAGCGGUUUCAACACGAGGUAUGGUAAUAAUGGCCUUCGAAGGAGAAACCAUGGCCAAGGCAACAACCAAUACCGCAACCAGGGCACCACCGGGUAUGAUAAUCAAGGGAACAGUGGAUACGGUAAUCAAGGGAAAUCUAGAUACGGUAACCAAGGGAACUCUGGAUACGGUAACCGAGGGAACGUCGGACACGGACACACUGGAUACGGUAACCAAGGUAACAUGCGACACGGAAACACUGGAUACGGUAACCAAGGUAACUCUGGAUACGGUAACCCAGGGAACGCUGGACACAGAAACACUGGAUACGGUAACCAAGGGAACUCUGGAUACGGUAACCCAGGGAAUGUUGGACACGGAAACACUGGAUACGGUAACCAAGGGAACUCUGGAUACGGUAACCAAGGGGGAACCGGAUUUGGCGGUCACGGAACGAACGGCUAUGGUAACCAGGGAAACAGCGGGUUCGGUAACCACGGAAACACUGGAUACGGUAACCAUGGGAAUACAGGCUACGGGAAGGUGUUGUUCUGCCCCAAUCAAACGUUUUACGACGACAACUUUCAGUUAUCUGGCGUUGCAACUGGCUACCCAAUACAGGACAUCACGACUGAGUUGACGAACCGUAUAGACCUGGCUGCUUGUCUGGCCCGCACAGUGACACUACCCACGGCCCCCAUGCUGCCAGCCACCGACGCCAACCUGGGUCACGUGAAGGAGACCUGUCCGUCCAUCAAGUCACGUCUGUACAGCUUCACCGGGACCAACGGACGAUGCUGGUUUCUACAGAACUUCCAGGAACCCGUCGACUUCGUCAUGUGUCUAACGCACUACUGUCGUCACUGCACCAGUAAACCACGCACGUAUAACAACAACGCCGUCAUACAGAAUCGCUGCAUCAAGGAGUAUCGCUACGUUGGCGUCUACGCAUACUGCGAGAACAACGCCAUCAACAACAGAAUCGUCUACAUGCGGAUCAUCAUCCCCGACCGCUGUAGCUGCAAGUCGGUCUACUGUUACCCAGACUGGCACUGAGCAGGCGGCAGAACACCAGUCCACCUAGCGCUAAGCUGUGUACCGUACACCGGUCGACUAGUGCUAAGCAGUGUACCGUACACCGCUCUACUAGCGCUUUGCUGUGUACUGUACACCGGCUGACUAGUACUACAAGAUAACCAUCUUCGCAAGGCAAGCUACCAUUCCCUAUGGUACACUGCAUUUCGCAAUUGGCUCGAGAAGAUGCGACAUAAUAAGUCGCAGGUGGCACUGGUGUUCCGCUGACACAGCGGCAUGACAUAAAGCCACAUUUGUAUUCAUUAAGCCUUUGUAUAUACAGCUUCAAUGACAAUACCGCUAUAAUUAUUAUAUACGUGUUAUUCAGUGGCGGAUCCAGAAGACGAAAAUGUUUUGGGGUCAAUUACAACAAAAGUUUCCAACUCAAAUAUUCAUACUUUUCUCAACAGACAUACAUCUCCUGGGGCGGAUCUAGAGGGGGGGGGGGAGGAGGUCCAAGGUGACCGGACCGCCCCCCCCUCCAAUUUGAGAAGUGCCCCUUUUAUUUAGGAUUUUUAGGUUUUUUACAAAUUUAUUUAUUCUGUCAAUGUAUAGAAGAACACUGUAGAAUACGUCUGCCAGCGUCC